AUGGCCCUCCCAAAGCGCAUCAUCAAGGAAACAGAGCGCCUCAUGGCCGAGCCAGUUCCUGGCAUCAGCGCAGUGCCUCACGAAGAUAACCUGCGGUAUUUCGAUGUCGAGAUCCACGGCCCCGCGUCGUCACCAUACGAAGGCGGCAUUUUCAAGCUCGAGCUCUUCCUCCCAGACGACUACCCCAUGACUCCGCCCAAGAUUCGAUUCCUCACCAAGAUCUUCCACCCGAACGUUGACAAGCUGGGUCGCAUCUGCCUGGACGUGUUGAAGAACAACUGGUCGCCUGCGCUGCAGAUCCGGACGAUUCUGCUCUCUAUCCAGGCCCUCCUCGGCGCCCCCAACCCCGAUGACCCCCUCGCUCCCGAUGUCGCCAAGAGCUGGAAGGAGGACGAGGCGGCGGCCAUCGCAACGGCGAGGGAGUGGACACAGAAGUACGCGAAGCCAUAGACGUAGAGGCCGCGCAUAAGAAGGAGGACAUCCCAAAAAAGAAAAAGAGAGACUUAUACGCAUAUAUCCCCAAAGACCUGCAACGACAGGGUUUACGGGGAUAUGGAGCAUUCUUAUGGUAGGAGUUGAGAGAUUUUCCCUUUUCCCAUUCAGUUCAUUUUUCUUUCAUUGGCUCGGUUUCACUUUAUGUUCUAGAAGACUCGAGUUUGUUUCGGGAUGAGCAAUG